ACAAAUCACACUCCAUAAUGGUUUCAACAUCGACAAUUGUUGCCGCUACGGUGGGCACUGUCGCGACGGGCUUCAUUGCAUACGCAUUCUACUUUGACCACAAAAGGAGAACGGAUCCAGCAUUCAGGAAACAGAUCAGGAAGGAAAGUAAGAGGCAAGCGCGCUUGGCACGAGAAGAGGCCGAGCAAGAGAGGCUGCACACGAGGGCGGCUAUAAAGAGCGCAGUCAAAGAUGCACAGGCUGAAGGGUUCCCUACGGACGUGGAAGAGAAGGAGGCAUUCUUCAUGCAAGAGGUGUCGAGAGGCGAAGCCUUAAGUGGAGAAGGUGUCGACAAUAUUGAAGCGGCCCUUUGCUUUUACAAGGCACUCAAAGUCUACCCUCAACCAUCAGAUCUGAUUACAAUUUACGAUAAAACCGUUCCGAAGCCUGUACUCGAUAUUCUUGCUGAGAUGAUUGCAGCUGAUGCCGGACUGAACGUCGGGCCAUUUGCAAGCUCUGACAGCGGAAUACCAGGUGUUGGACUUGAUUAGACGUCCGCCCGCUAGACACUUACACUCCUCUCCCCUCUCCUGGACUCGACACCCAUACUCUACCCGCAAAGGUUCUGUCGACCGACCUGAAAGUUCUCCACGGGUUCUCCGCAGCCCACUGUACAUCACUGCCGCAACCAUCGAUUCUCGUUCUAAAUGUACAUUGUAUUAUGGAG